UCUGAGGGGUCUGGGGGGGUCUCUGAGGGGGCCUGGGGGGUCUCUGAGGGUUCCUGGGUGGUCUCAGGUGAUCCCAAGGUGGGUACGGGAGUUCUGAGGGUCCCAGGGCAGGGGAGGGUUCUGAGGGUCCCCUCCCCCCCAGCCCAUGGAGCCCCCACGGACCCCUCGCUGCUCUCGGCCGAGCUGGAGACCGAGGAGGACGAGGACGAGGAGGAUGAAGAGGAGGAGGCCCUGCGGCGGCUCCUACUGCAGGUGACCCCAGACCAUGAGGAGCCCCCGCCCGCCGGCCCCGCCCGCGCUGUCACCCCCAGCCCAGGGCUGUGCGUGAAGACCCGGGCGGGGAGGGGCACAAAGUGUUCGGUCAACGUUUGUCACUCGGGAGGUGCCCCUCCCCCCUGGACCCCCGGGCCUCCAGGGGCUCCUCCGGCCCCCGGCCCCCACGGCUCCUUCCGCAUCCCCAUGAGCCUGGGGAGCCCACACCGAGCUGGACCGAGUGGCUGCACCGCCUACGACGUGGUGGUGAACUCGGGGUUCUUCCGGACCCUCCAGAGUGACCCCCUGUACCUGGAGUUCUUCCUGACCGUGGCCAUGGAGGGGCUGUCGGAGAAGUACGGGGUGGAACUGGAGCUGACUGGCUGGCGGGUGCUGAAGAACCGCAGGUUCAUGGGCUCCAUCUCGGCCCAAAACAUCCGGGCCCGGCCUCGGCCCCGCAUCCAGGAGCUCCAGGGCCCCUCAGAGCCCCAGUUCGUGGUGGUGGCCGAACCUUCGGCCCAGCACCUAGUGCUGCAGGCGCGGGUGCUGCUGCCCCACGUUGAAGGGGCGUGGUCUCUGCGGCUCGGGCUGAGCGAGGAGCGCCUGGUGCUGUGGGGGCCGCCAGAGGGCGCCGCGCUGCUGGAGCUGGGGCUGCCCCGCCCCGCCGAGCCCGCGCGGGGGCGCGCGCGCUUCCACCGCCGCUCCAAGGUGCUCACGGUGACGGUGCCGCUCCGGGCCUGAGGGACCGGGACCCCCUCGGGACCCCCCAGGACACCCCCUUGGGACCCCCCUGGACACCCUUUUGGGACACCCAGAGGUCCCCCUGGAUGGGCACUCUGGGAACCCCUCAAGAUUUCCUGGAAGCCCCUUCAGGACCCCCUGGACACCCACUCUGGGACCCCCCCAGACGCCUCCCCCGGGACCCCCCUGGACACCCACUUGGGGACCCCCCCCUUGGGACACCCCGAGGUCCCCCUGGAUGGGCACUCUGGGAGCCCCUCAAGAUUUCCAGGAUGCCCCUUCAGGACCCUCCCCCAGACGCCUCCCCCAGGACAUCCCCUCGGGACCCCCCUGGACACCUCUUUGGGACACCCCGAGGUCCCCCUGGAUGGGCACUCCGGGAGCCCCUCAAGAUUUCCUGGAAGCCCCUUCAGGACCCCCUGAACACCAACUUGGGACACCCCCUUGGGACACCCUGAGGUCCCCCUGGAUGGGCACUCUGGGAACCCCUCAAGAUUUCCUGGAUGCCCCUUCAGGACCCUCCCCCAGGACCCCUUUGGGACACCCCCUCCGGGAUCCCCUCAGGAUCUCCUGGGCACCCCCACCCCCUCCCCCACCCCAGGACACCCCUGGGUCUGUGCCAGGACUGCCCCCAGCUCCCCCUUUUUUUGUACAAAAGCUCCCAAUAAAGGGUAAAUCGGC